AUGGUGCGUAAAUUAAAUCUCUCCGAUAACAACGCAAUGAUUUUGGCAUCAAAACUCAAAAGCGUGAAUGUUUUAGCACCAGGAGUAAAAGUAACGGCCUCUCAGGCUUAUUGCAUUGAUGUUGCAGGUGUGCUUAAUGGGCCGGACAUCAGAAGAUUAAUGAAGGAUCAAGGCUUCUUGGAAAUUCUUGAUGCCACAGCAGCCGUUGCAUGGGAUGCAGUUCGGGCUUUAUUUAAACACGUUCUGUAUAAAAAUCGUUCACCAGAAUAUGCCAAUUUUAUUGCGAACUUGAUGGAAUCUUUUGACGCCUUUGAGGUGCACAUGUCGCUUAAAAUCCACAUGCUACACAGCGAGGAAACAAUGUAUGAUUCUAGUACUGCUGUUACCACCAGCGAAAGCUCAAUCACCGACUCUACCAAAGACAAGGAAACAAAAUAUGAUUCUAGUACUGAUGUUACCACCGACGAAAGCUCAAGCACCGUCUCUACCGAAGGCGAGGAAUCAAAAUAUGAUUCUAGUACUAAUGUUACCACCAGAAAAAGUCCAGUUACGGAUUCUACCACAGACAUGAAUAAAGGAGCUGGUCCAACUCCACCUAUGGAUUCCGCCAACGAAUAUGAGAUGAAUCAAAGAAGAUACUAUGACGAAGCUAACAGACGUUUGGAGGCGAAUAUUCAAAGCUUGCUCAACCAGACUGGCUUAUCUGAAGUUAAACGAACUGAUCUCAGUGAUGUAUUAGCUUUGCUAUAUAAAGCUAAUGCCUCCACGGAUUCUCGUAUCAAGAAGUUUGCCUAUGACACCGCAUUUCAAGCUAUUAUCGAAGCUUUAAAUUAA